AUGCCGUACCACCACCGCUCCGACCUCGCAUCCAUACACAUCACCUUCCCAUCUCUCACGGCGUCCUCUGGCUCCGCCCCCACUCCGUACGCCUCGGCCCGUCCUCCGGCAAUUUCUUCCUCGGCCGGCUUGCCGAAGGCGGCGGAGUACGUGAUCUCUAAGGUCGAUAACCUCAUGAACUGGGCCCGCCGCAGCUCAAUCUGGCCGAUGACUUUUGGGCUGGCCUGCUGCGCCGUGGAGAUGAUGCACACCGGGGCUGCGCGCUACGACUUGGAUCAUCUUCCUGCCCUCCGCAAGUGA